GCUGGAGUACACUCCUUCUUAGUAUUGCAUUUUGCAUCUGUGCUUUAAAUGCCUACUUGGGGUCUACCGAACGUGAAGCUUGUUAGCUGCUCGACUACAUACUUGACGGGUCUUAAUGCAUAUUCAGUCUCACACACAAUUGCUUUUUGAAGAGGAUGCUGCGUUUGUUGUGCACGACCGCUUUCCUUUCCUUAUGUAUUUUGUCAAGUGCCGCCCGUGUCUGCGAGCGGAGUGCAUACUGUUCCACUGGCAAGCUCAAAGGAUACAUUGGACCACUAGAUACAGCCGCUCAGCUAAGAAAAGCUCUUGAAUCAACAGCUUUUCAACAAGAGGUCAUCGUCUUUGCCGAUACUCGCAUAUCAAGUGCAGCUCAGGCCAUUGCACGGUUCAAAGGAGCAGGCUAUGGCCACGUACUUGCGGUUAUGGAGGAGCCGUUGCAAUGCCAACACAUGCGGUCCGUUUUUGUCCCUUGGCUUUACAGCGACGGACCAAUAAGCUGUGGAACGUACGCUAUGAAGGACUCUAGUGGCGAGCCCUACCCUGCUCGCUUCGAGUACUUCGAGCGGCCAGUCGGCAUGAUUGCUUGGUGGCGCAAGUGGAUGACCGUGGCUAGAGCCGUGGCCCUGGGGUACAACGUCAUGGCCGUGGACUCGGACGUGCUAGUGCUGGAUGACUGGUACUGGCGAGUGAAGCAGCCGCCGCUCAGCCAGUACAACAUGCUGAGCCAGAACGAGCGUGGGCUGUCCUUCAACGGCGGCUUCAGCUACAUCCAGAAUGCCGCACCGAACGGACCCGUGUCGUGGCUCCUGUAUGAGGCCCUUCACCGCGUGGUGCGAUGGGCGGAAGACGACUCAGUUCUGCAGAGCACAUCAGCCCAGUACCGGGAAAAGCGCGGUCUUCGUAUUGACGACCAGGGGAUGUUGCAGGAAUGCGUAUACAGCGCAGCGCUCGGGAGGCCCAUCUAUCCGUCGUUGUUGUACAUGUACGGCAAUGAGAAGGAGGCGUACGAGAAGCUGGGUACGACAGAGAAACAGAUGUAUGACCACAUGCUAAAUCCCGUCUACCAGAGUUGGCACGAUUACGAAAACCAUACCGUGCAAGGAGAGCUGGCGAAAGCCGUGUGUGAACAUUACAUGGACGCCAAGUGUAACACGACAGUUGUAGGAGAGGUUAUCAUCUCUUCAGCUAUCCUUAAAGCGCCACAUAGCGGCGGCAACUGGCCUUUGAAACUCGGCGGGUACCCCUUCAACCGGCAGAUCGGGCCUCGUACGGCCGCCUUCCGGCACGCCUUUGCCGAUUUGGGCGUGCCGCUUCCUCCCGACCCAGAUGACCCUGCCACAGAGGCGGCUGCACGGGCCAUACAGACCGAGAAGUUCGGCUACCUGGCGCAUCGAAGGUCGGAUGAGUACUGCACGGGGUGUUGGGCGGAGAGCAGUUGGUGGAUGGUGGGUCGCCACGGCUGGUGGCACACACACCUGCUGGGAAACUCCACUGCUCCCAAAGUCGCAAUGGGCCAUAUUUGGGCCAAUCUGUUCCCAGGCGAUUUUCAAAAGGAAAUGGUGUUCAUGUUGACGGGACACUACGACUGGCGUGUAGCGGCCAGGGUUGCUCGGAGCCGGCCACGGGUCUACUUGACCAACCAGCCCUUCCCCGGAUCGCCAUUUACUGCACACCAACAUGUUCCGGAAGUUCGAACCGUUGUAGCCUUCGCACCCGGCGUCAUACACGCCGCCAUGAGCAAGGAGCAGUUCAUCCGAGCGGCUCAAGGGCUCGCCCAAGUGGCAGUGACGCUGGGUGCGAUUGCGGCCUGGCCCGCGGUGCCGUGCGACAGUGACUGGGCUUUGCUCCCCCAAGUUCGCAACACUACGCAGCGGCCGCUGCAGCACUCCAUUCCCUGGAGCAGCUACCUGGAUGUCAACUACCAGGUGCAGCCCUUUGGCGACUCGCUGGAGCAGCUGAAGUGCGAGUGGCCGGGGUUCGCGCAUGCAGAUUGUAUCUGCAACCGGCGGCUCGGUGGCGCCGAGGUGGGUCGCGGCAUGCUGGCAGUGGAGUUCCACCACCUGACCAACGGAUCUAGGGAGGCGCCGCCUUUGGAAAACAUCCUUGUCCUCGCGGACACCACCACGACUGCCCCGCUGCCCCCUGCUGCGGGCAACACGGAGCCCCAACGCGUGCCGUACGCCGACCUGCUGCGCCUCAACGCCGAGUCCGUACUGCGGCGAUUGCAGCGGGAGGUGAUGCCGGUGUUCUGGUUGGAUCGGUUGGUUGAGGUGGUUGGGAUGCAGGGCGAGGCGGCCGCCACCUACCAACGCUGGUACGACAAGUGCCCGGCGCUCAGCUACCUGGAACUGCCGGAACAGCGGAGGGCAAACUGGUAGCGAGGAAUGCGGGAACGAAUGCGGCGGGAAACAGCGCUUAGGUAGGGUCUGAUACCGGCACCUACGGGGUAGGCACCUGUGUAAUAGGCGCCGGUCAGGGUAUACGAAAGGUCUUCCAACAAGACAUGUCCCAGCCACAUGCGUGCAUUGGGCCUAUAGGGCUUCGAAAUCCAACGUUAUGGUGCGUUAGGAAGCCUGCGAUCCAGAAGAGCUUGCUUGGUCCUACCUUUCCCUCCAUUAUGUGUCCCGGGCAGUCCUGUAAAGUCAAGUUGGCAAACAGUCUGCGUCCAGUCUUGCUGUGCAGUGUUGCGAAAUUGUGACCCACGGGUCAUUGACCACGAC